AUGAAAUAUGAAGAAAAUGUUAUGACGUGGCGCCGCAUUAUUGGAUGCAAGUUGACAACAACUAAAGUCGCGUGCGUGCGUGCGUAUCUAUCAUCUGAGGGGGAAGCUGCUUGCAACCUCUCUUCGUCUACCGUCUCAAGCUGCUCUAACCAUGGCUAUGGCGCCGUCUAUCCUCCAAGCUCCUCCGCUCUCAAUCAAUAUCAACAGUAA